GGCCGCGGGCCGCGGCUAGGCGCGGGCCCCUCCCGCCUCGCCACCCCCUCUCGCCACCCACGCCCGCCCCCGGCCGCGGGGCCUUCCCUCGCGCGGCCGCCGCUCGCCGCACUCCGCGCUCGCCCCGCCACAGCGCUGGUCAUGGAGCCCCGGGCCCCGCGCCGCCGCCACACCCACCAGCGCGGCUACCUGCUCACCCGGGACCCGCACCUCAACAAGGACUUGGCUUUUUCUCUGAGAGAAAGACAACAGCUGAACAUUCAUGGAUUGUUGCCACCUUGCUUCAUCAGUCAGGAAAUCCAGAUCCUUAGAGUAAUUAAGAAUUUUGAGCGUCUGAACUCUGACUUCGACAGGCAUCUUCUGUUGAUGGAUCUGCAAGAUAGAAAUGAGAAGCUGUUUUAUGGUGUGCUGAUGUCUGAUAUUGAAAAAUUUAUGCCUAUUGUUUAUACUCCCACUGUGGGUCUUGCAUGCCAGCAAUACAGCUUGGCAUUUCGGAAGCCAAGAUAUGGCAUGAAUUGCCUUAUUCAGUUUGAAGAUUUUGCCAAUCUGAAUGCAUUUCGUCUCCUGAACAAGUAUCGAAACAAGUAUUGCACAUUUAACGAUGAUAUUCAAGGAACAGCGUCUGUCGCAGUCGCGGGUCUCCUUGCAGCUCUUCGAAUAACAAAGAACAAGCUCUCUGAUCAGAAGGUGCUGUUCCAGGGAGCUGGAGAGGCUGCCUUGGGGAUUGCUCACCUGAUCGUUAUGGCCAUGGAGAAGGAAGGUCUAUCAAAGGAGAAGGCUAUAGAAAAAAUAUGGUUGGUUGACUCAAAAGGACUAAUAGUUAAGAAACGUGCUUCUCUCACGGAAGAGAAAGAGUUGUUUGCCCAUGAACAUGAAGAAAUGAAGAACCUAGAAGCCAUUGUUCAAAAGAUAAAGCCAACUGCCCUCAUAGGAGUUGCUGCAGUUGGCGGUGCUUUCACAGAACAAAUUCUCAAGGAUAUGGCUACCUUCAAUGAACGCCCUAUCAUUUUUGCUUUGAGUAAUCCAACCAGCAAAGCAGAGUGUUCUGCAGAGCAGUGCUAUAAAGCAACCCAGGGGCGCGCAAUCUUUGCCAGCGGCAGUCCUUUUGAUCCAGUCACUCUUCCAGAUGGACGGACUCUCUUUCCUGGCCAAGGCAACAAUUCCUACGUGUUCCCUGGAGUUGCUCUUGGGGUAGUGGCCUGUGGAAUGAGGCACAUCACGGAGAAGGUUUUCCUCACCACGGCCGAGGUCAUAUCUCAGCAAGUGUCAGAUAAACACCUAGAAGAAGGCCGGCUCUAUCCCCCUCUCAGUACCAUUCGGGAUGUUUCGUUGAAAAUUGCAGUAAAGAUUGUGACAGAUGCAUACAGAGAAAAGAUGGCCAGUGCUUAUCCUGAACCCCAAAACAAAGAAGAAUUUGUCUGCUCUCAGAUGUACAGCACUAACUAUGACCAGAUCCUACCUGACUGUUAUUCAUGGCCUGAAGAAUUCCAGAAAAUACAGACCAAAGUCAAUCAGUAACACAACAGCUAGAAUUUCUAACUUUAUUAAUAAGAUCUUGAAGUUUUCAUAAUUUUUAAGGGUUGAAUCUUUUAUGAUGAUUCAUAGUGUGCUUAGAAUAAGGUGAUUUUAGUUUAAUAAUCAAACUUGUGGGAGUCUAUUAAUACAAAGUAGGAUAAGCUUCACACUGGACAAUUUUGUUUCACUUACUCUGGUUACUUGUGUGUUCUCUUUGAAUUAUUCUCUUUACAAAUUCUGUUAAAAUUCUGUUUUAAUUGGACCUGCUGCUGAGAAACUCAUCACUGAUAUGUAGGAAGCUAAUGGAAGACCCAAACUAGUAAUAAAUUAUAUAGCUUAACUUGA